AUGACUUCCCUAAACCACAGAUCACUGUCCAGCCAGAAACCCAGUCAGCAAUCAAAGGCUCCAAUUUGAGUUUUGUAUGUUCAGCAGCCAGCAGCAGUGAUUCCCCAAUGACUUUUGCAUGGAAGAAAGACAAUGAAUUACUGCAAGAUGCUGAAAUGGAGAAUUAUGCACACCUCCGGGCACAGGGCGGUGAAGUGAUGGAAUACACUACCAUCCUUCGACUGCGCAAUGUUGAGUUCAGUAAUGAAGGGAAAUACCAGUGUGUUAUUUCUAAUCAUUUUGGUUCAUCCUACUCUGUCAAAGCCAAACUUACAGUAAACAUGCUGCCUUCAUUUACAAAGAUCCCCAUGGACUUAACCAUUCGUGCUGGGGCAAUGGCACGUUUGGAAUGUGCUGCAGUUGGGCAUCCUGUCCCACAGAUUGCUUGGCAGAAAGAUGGUGGAACAGAUUUUCCUGCAGCACGCAAGAGGCGCAUGCAUGUCAUGCCUGAAGAUGACGUAUUCUUUAUUGUUGAUGUCAAGAUUGAGGACACAGGCGUUUAUAGCUGUACAGCUCAAAACACUGCUGGAAGCAUUUCAGCUAAUGCAACAUUAACAGUACUAGAAACACCAUCAUUUUUGCGGCCUUUGCUAGAUCGAACUGUAACAAAAGGUGAAACUGCAGUCUUGCAGUGUAUUGCUGGUGGUAGCCCUCCACCCCGACUGAAUUGGACUAAGGAUGACAGCCCUCUCUUGGUAACAGAAAGACACUUCUUUGCUGCGGGCAAUCAGUUACUAAUUAUUGUGGAUACAGAUGUAGAAGAUGCUGGCAAAUAUACUUGUGAAAUGUCUAAUACGCUUGGAACGGAACGAGGCAACAUUCGUCUUAGUGUAAUUCCUACUCCCACCUGUGAUUCUCCUCAAAACAUUGCCCCAUCACUUGAUGAUGAUGGAUGGGCCACAGUUGGCAUUGUGAUCAUAGCUGUGGUUUGCUGUGUGGUGGGCACUUCCUUGGUGUGGGUGGUCAUCAUCUACCACACCAGACGGAGAAAUGAAGAUUGCAGCAUCACAAAUACAGAUGAAACAAAUUUGCCUGCAGACAUUCCAAGUUACCUGUCAUCCCAGGGGACACUGGCUGAAAGGCAGGACGGAUAUGGUUCAUCUGAAAAUGGCAGUCAUCAUCAGUUCCUCACAUCUUCUGUGGGAGGGUAUUUCUUGCAGCAGAGGGACAGUAAUGGCAUUUGCCAUCUAGAUAAUGGCAGCGAAACAGACUUGGAGGGUGUUGCAGAUCCAUUCCUCUGCCACUAUCUAGGGACUUCAGGGACCUUGUAUUUAAAAGGAAAUAUGUAUGGCUCUGAGGCCUUUGAAGCAUACAGUGCAAGUUGCAGCCCUGACCAAAGAACAGCAUGCCUGGACCCUUAUGAGUCUGGAUAUUUAAAGAAAAAGGAAUGCUAUCAAUACUCACCUCCACUGGAAGAUCCCUUUGACCAGUGUGUUGGCAUUAUUGGGAUGCAGGCUGCAAGUAGCAGAUUGAUUAACUCUGUUUAUACUCAAAAUGAAGGAACUGGACUAAAAAGCAAAAGUCCGAACUCAGACGCAUUUGAUUUCAGUAGAAGUUUGGAACCCUCGUCUAUUGUCAGUAACAGCACUUUCAUGGGAACAUUUGGAAAGCCUUUAUGGAGGCCUCAGCUGGACUCCCUCUCAAGUUGUAGACAGCCAGAGAAUUGCCAACCAAAACCUUCCUGUAAUAAUCAUCAUGCCUCACUGGACUUCAGUGUAGAGGCAGAUGAAGAUGGAAAGGAAAGGACAGUUUCUAGAGGAGAAAAUAGCAUUUAUACUUACAAACAGUCCUUUGAAAACUUUAGGACUUCUACUUUUCAAUCCUUUGAUUUGGAUACAUAGCUCCUUUUGGACCUGCCUUUGAUUUCUGGAACCAAAGACAUACUUUGACAUACUACUACCUCAGUGUGGAAUUUUAUUUAAAAAGGGUGUGAAGAAAGGAAGAAGGGAAGAAAGAAACCACGUGAUGCUAUGAAUUCAGAACAAAACAAAUGCAUUUUUAUUCAAAUAAAGCAUAAUUGCCAAAAUGUUCUACAUUUUUAUACAGGGAAGACAUUCUUUAUAAAAAUACUAUAAUUCUAAUUAUUUUAUAGCUUUGUUUUAUACAAAUAAUAUCUUUGUAAAUUAAUGAUGUAAAUAGUACAGCAUAUCUAUUUCUAUGUCAGACUUCAUUAUAUUGAAAUUAGUAGUGAGCAUUCUAAUUUUGUACUGUUACUUGUACCUUUUUACAAAUGGAAACUCCAUGCUGUUUGCAGGUAUCAUGCAUCUUAUUUGCACAUUAUUUUUAAUAAAAUAUGCUGCCAUGUGGUCUCUGACCCACAUUA